GUUUCGAAUUGUCAUGUAAGCAUAAACAACUAGUACGUCUCUACAAAAAUUAAUAUUGUCGGAUACGAAAAUUUUUCUAAAAUAAAAUUUACCAAGAACUAGUCGGAUUUUUUUCUAAUUAAUUAGGGCAACAAUAAAUUGUCUUGACGUACGUAUGCUGUUGGGUUGAGAGCGUAAAUGAAAUAGUUGAAAUACCUCCAUUCCAAAUUAUAUAAACGAGCUAGUAUUCAUAUGUCGUGUCAUGAAAGAUGAAUGAAGAAUAAUUAUAGUUUGGUGAGCUCACUCUCAAGAUCUGAUGGAGAGAUUGGUUUCGAUUAGUUUCAACCAAGAUCAAGGAUGUUUUGCAAGUGCAACGCAAAGUGGUUUCAAAAUCUAUAACACAGAACCUCUAUCUGAGAAGUUAAGUAAAGAAUUAGAUGGCACUGGUGGGGUAUCCCAGGUUCAAAUGUUACACCGAAGUAAUUUAGUUGCAAUUGUUGGAAAUGGCAAUGGAACUUAUUCAAGUAACAAAGUGUUCAUAUGGGAUGACAAACUCUGCAAAUUUGUGUUGGAAUUCAAAUUCAAUAUACCAGUACUUGGAGUGAGAUUACGUAAUGAUAUGAUAUUUUUUGUGAUGAGAACAAGGAUAUAUGUUUGUUCAUUUCCAAAUGAUCCCAAGAACAUUUUGUACUUUGAAACAAGAGAAAAUCCAAAAGGUUUAUGUGAAGUGUGUCCAAACCAGGAGAAAUCAUUAAUUGUGUUCCCAGCAAAGAAAUGUGGGGCAAUUGAAAUUAGUGAUUUGUCAGUGGUCCAACCAGGAGUGUCGUCAUCUCCGGUCAUGAUCAGUGCACAUCAAGGUGAAAUUGCCUGCCUAGCUAUGAAUCAACAAGGAACUAUGGUCGCCACUGCCUCUGACAAGGGCACGCUGAUACGCGUCUUCGACACACAAAGUAGACAGCUGGUCGUGGAGCUGAGACGAGGAGCGGACCACGCCACCCUGUACUGCAUUAACUUCAGCCACGAUUCCUCAUAUCUGUGUGCUUCGAGCGACAAAGGGACUGUGCAUAUUUUUGCACUGAAAGACACCUCAUUAAAUAAACGAUCGACACUUUCAAAGAUGAGCUUUCUUGGACAGUAUGUGGAGUCUCAGUGGGCUUUAGCUAACUUUACCGUACCCUCAGAAUGUCCGUGUAUGUGUGCAUUUGGACCUGUCAACUCUGUGAUAGCGAUAUGUGUAGACGGGACUUUCCACAAGUAUAUCUUCACUCCUGAUGGCAACUGCAACAGAGAAGCAUACGAUGUUUUUCUUGAAGUGACACGUGAGGAUGACUUCUAAAAAGACCUCAAUUUACCUGGAGCAGCUGUGAUCACCGAAACUUUGGCAGUGUCAACUGGGCCUCACACUUCGUAACUGAAAUAACGCCGAAGUCGACGCACGUGGUCCUAAGCUACAGGCUGGUUUCCAGUUAGGAAAGUUAUCCUCCUCGGACUGUAUCGGACACUCGGACAGAAUAGUUUUUUUAUCCAUGUCUUUUCAAUCAAAACUAAUUGUUUUAAAAACAAAAGAAACCAUACUAUUUGCUAUCCAGUCUGGAGGAUUAUUUUUCUUUGAUUGUACAGUGUCAU